UCAGUGCCCAUCAGUGAUGCCUGUCAAUGCCCAUCAGUGCCACCUAUCAGUGCUGCCAAUCAGUGGCACCUAUCAGUGCCAGUCAGUGCCGCCUAUCAGUGCCAGUCAGCGCCGCCUAUCAAUGUGCAUCAGUGCUGCCUAUCAGUGCCAGUCAUCAGUGCUGCCUAUCAGUGCCGCCUAUCAGUGCCAUAUAUCAGUGCCAUGUAUCAGUGCUGCCUUUCAGUGCCCAUCAGUGAUGCCUGUCAAUGCCCAUCAGUGCCACCUACCAGUGCCUCCUCAUCAGUGCCCAUCAGUGCCA